CUCAAACUACAUAAAUAACAUUCAUAUUUACCAUGCAUUUUUACAACAGGUUUUGAUUUGUCUGCUUCUUGCCGGCUGGACACCAAAUGCUUCAUAUACCAGAUUCACAAUUCAAUUGGAUCCAAAAGAAAAGCACAUUCACAGUUUGAAUCUGAAAACUUCAGGGCACUUUCCAUGGUGACAUGAUUCGAUAAGGUUUGGUGGGCUUUGAAAAAGAAUAUAUAUUAACAAUUAUUGCUGGUGGGCGAUGUGGUUCCCUAAACUAAUAAUACAUGAAGGCAAGACAAAUAUUGACAGCUGUUUUUGACUUUUGAGGGAAGCCACGAAAGAGAUGCAUCUGUAGUUAUUCCAAAGUCUGAAAUUUGGACGGCGUUGAUAAAUUUUUAUAAUAAGUAGGCUAUUAGUAGCCGUUGAUCAACCUCACAAGUCAGUAUAAUGUACCUACUAAUUAAUAUCUAAUCAAAUAUAGACGACGAUUUCAAUAGCGUCAGCCAUUUAACCUUUAAUGUAAGUUGUUUGUCUAUGAAUGCAUAAUAGCCUUCACCACUCAGGCCGGGAGAAAUUUUCUUGUUGGUUCCUCAACCGGUUGAUCAUUGUGUUCUUUGUGUUGAGUAACAGAAGGAAAGAUGGAAAGGAUUCUUACUUUCGGUGCCGCCCAGGAAGUACUGAAGAAAGUUGCUUCACUUGCCACUCAAGAAUUCAGUCUUCUCUGGGGAUUCAAGAAAGAACUCACAAGGCUGCGUGAAUCAUUGUCCAUCACGCAAGCUAUGUUACGAGAUGCCGAACAAUCACAAGUUUGGAGCGAAGCCGUGGAACUUUGGGUGAAGAAGCUUGAAGACAUAGCUCAUGAUGCUGAUGAUGUGUUGGAUGAAUACGGAUAUGAAGUUCUCCGGCGCAAGGUGGAACUGCGAAACCAAAUGAAGAAAAAGGUACUCGACUUCUUUUCACGCCACAAUCCCAUUGCAUUUCGUGUCCAAAUGGCACAUAAGAUUAAGAACAUCAACGCAUCUUUGGAGAAGUUGAAUAAGAUGGCAGCCAGUAUUGGACUAGUUGCUAGGUCCACAUUAAUUGCAGAUCCAACGUCCUCUUGUGAUAUUGGAUUACUUAACAGUAGGGAGACCGUUUCUUGCUUUGUUCAAGAUGAAAUGUUCAUAGUGGGAAGGGACGAAGUUGCAUCAGAGAUAGUUACAACCUUGAUUAACUCAAGCAAUACCCAAGAGAGUUCUCUUUCGGUUAUGGCCGUUGUGGGAAUGGGAGGCUUGGGAAAAACAACAUUGGCUAAAAAAGUUUAUCAUGAUUCCGAGAUAGAUAGACACUUCAAUAAAAAAAUAUGGAUAUGUGUAUCUACCAAUUUUGAAGUGAAGACGAUUUUAAGCAUGAUCUUGGAACAGCUUGACGAGAAAAAGACUGGGAUGCAGGGUAAGGAAGCAAUACUAAAAAAUCUGCAAGAGGAUUUGAAAGGGAAAAGGUAUUUGCUUGUACUCGAUGAUGUUUGGAAUGAAGAUUCUCAUAAAUGGAAUGAUUUGAUGAGUUGUUUGGCGAGUGUUAAUGAUACUCAAGGAAGCAACAUCCUUAUCACUUCCCGAAGUGUUACUGUUGCAUCAACUGUGCAAGCACUUCAUCGGCGCGAUUUGGGAAGAUUAGCAGAUGAUGAAUGUUGGCUCAUAUUGAAGGAUAAAGCAUUUCCAGAUGGGAGUGCUUCAUUAACUGAAGAUCAAGAGAGAAUGGCAAGGGAGAUCGCCAAAAAAUGCGCAGGUGUUCCAUUAGUUGCAAAGGUUUUGGGAAAUAUGAUGCGAUGCAAAAUGGGUGAUGGAUGGCAAUCAAUUCUAAACAAUCAAAUAUGGGGUUCACAAGAAGGAGAACAUAGAAUCUUGUCAGUUUUGAGGUUGAGUUUUGAUGAAUUGAAAUCUGCAUCUCUAAAACGGUGUUUUGCAUAUUGCUCAAUGUUCAUCAAAGGUUUCAGAAUUUCAAAGAGUGACUUGAUUCAUCUAUGGAUGGCUCAUGGGUUACUUCAGUGCCCUACUCCGAACCAAAGUAAUCUAGAGAUGGAGGAUGUGGGAAAUGAAUACUUUAAUGUUCUACUGGAGAACUCCUUUUUUCAGGAUGUUGAAGUGAGUAGUAUAUAG